AUGGAUUACUCUAUCCAAAGGCUUCUUAACGACAAGCUAUACGAUAAGCGAAAGCAAGGUGCCUUAGAGCUCGAGAAAAUUGUUCGCGACUCAGUCUUCAAGUCAGAACAUGAUAAAAUCCAGAAAAUCGUCGAGCAGCUUUGCCACGACUAUGCCUACGCUGUACACCAACCACACGCUCGGAAUGGCGGUCUGAUUGGUCUGGCGGCAGCUUCGAUCGCUCUCGGAUCUGAAGGAGUAGCACCAUAUCUGAAAGAGAUUGUACCACCAGUCUUGGCGUGCUUCUCUGACCAAGAUGCCCGAGUCAGGUACUAUGCUUGCGAAAGCAUGUACAACAUUGCCAAGGUCGCCAAAGGAGAAGUUCUUUUAUUUUUCAACGAUAUUUUCGAUGCAUUGGCUAAACUGGCCUCUGACUCGGAACUAUCGGUGAAAAAUGGCGCGGAACUCCUGGAUCGAUUAGUCAAGGACAUUGUUGCCGAGUCUGCAGCUUCAUAUGUCUCAGUCCUUCAGCUAUCAGAGAAGGAUGCUUCAGACGCAGAUGCUCUCGAUGAGGUCGAUCUCCCAACGGCUUUUUCCCUCGCGAAAUUCAUUCCCUUGCUCAAAGAUCGGAUCUAUGUUAUCGGCCCGUUCACUCGCAACUUUCUCGUCUCCUGGCUUACUUUGCUCGAUACUAUCCCUGACUUGGAACUGAUUUGUUAUUUGCCUGAGUUCCUGGAGGGCUUAAUCAAGUUUCUGGGUGGUCCUAACAGGGAUGUCAACGUGGCAACUCAAGGCCUUUUGGAACGCUUUCUUUCAGAGAUUAAAAGAAUUACCAGACUCAAAAAGGGUAUCGAAGAAAGUCGCAAAAGCCAAAGUCGCCGGCGUUCUGCCUCAAGUGAUACUGCGAGCUUGAGCGCCAAAACUGAGCAGAUGGCAGAACCCACCGGGGCAGUUGAAGAGGAUAAAGACGACAUUGCUGUAGAUGACUCUGCUUCAGAGUCUCUCCUUGAUGAUGAUCUUACCCAAACAGAAGGCGAUUGGAUUCCGGGCCAAGAUGUGCAAAUUGACUACCCAAAGAUCUUGGAUAUACUCGUCGGCUUUGUCAACACUUCAUAUGAGGAGGAAAUGCAACUCACUGCACUCCGCUGGAUCGACAAUUUCUUUGAGAUCAGUCCAGAAGAUAUCCUUCCGUUUGUGCCCCGGCUUCUCACACAGGUGCUUCCAGCAAUGUCUAGCGGUUCCGAUCAAGUUCGACAAGCAGCAAAUCGAGUCAACAAAUCUCUCCUUGAAUAUAUCUACUCUCUUUCCGACGACACGGCCGAGGAGGCCGCUCAAACUCAAUCCAAGGUACCAUCUACAGCGCCAAGCAGGGAGAGCGUUGAAAGAAAAUCUUCCGAAAUCUCAAACAACGAGGCUAGAAAGUCCACUCAAGAGUCCUUCGCAGUCACACCGCGUAGUAGUAUUGUUUCAACGCCAUUUCAACCGACCGACCUUGAUUACGCAGCAGCUGUCACCUCUCUCACACUGCAGUUCCUUAACGAGAAUGAAGCCACUCGAGUAGCCGCACUCUCGUGGCUCAUAAUGCUACACCGCAAGGCACCCCGGAAAGUGGUUGCAUUCAAUGAUGGCACAUUCCCGGCUCUAUUGAAGACUCUCUCCGAUCCCGCAGAGGCAGUCGUGACGAAGGAUCUCCAACUAUUGUCGCAGAUCUCAAGAAACAGCGAGGACAGCUAUUUUGCCUCUUUCAUGGUGAACUUGUUGCAGCUUUUCUCUACAGAUAGGCAUCUGCUUGAAGUUCGAGGCAACCUCAUCAUCCGGCAGUUGUGCUUGAAUCUGAGUCCCGAACGCAUCUAUCGGACAUUAGCAGACUGCCUCGAAAAGGAAGAGGACCUUGAAUUUGCCAGCAUCAUGGUACAAAACCUUAACAAUAACCUAAUCACCGCCCCUGAGCUAUCAGAUAUGAGGAAGCGUCUAAGAAAUCUGGACUCGAGGGAAGGACAAAUGUUCUUCGUUGCUCUUUUCAGGUCUUGGUGCCAUAAUGCAGUUUCCACGUUCUCGCUAUGCCUACUUGCUCAAGCCUAUGAGCAAGCUUACCACCUCCUUCAGAUUUUUGCUGAGCUAGAGAUGACAGUAAAUAUGCUGAUCCAAAUCGACAAGCUUGUGCAACUCUUGGAGUCUCCAGUAUUUACAUAUCUCCGCCUUCAACUCCUCGAGCCCGAAAAGUACCCUUAUCUAUACAAAUGUCUCUACGGCGUCCUCAUGCUCCUCCCCCAGAGUUCCGCCUUCGCCGCGCUCAAAAACCGCUUAAACAGCGUCAGCAACAUUGGUUUCCUCCAGGGUGGGCCCCGCAGCGCUCCCCAAGCCGCUUCGUCAUUUGAUCGCCCAACUGGUACCCGUCUCAAAAACCGCGAAGAAAACACGAUCCGCUGGUUUGAGCUUCUCGAGAAGUUCAAGGCUGUUCAGGAACGAGCCCGUCGUGCUCAAGCCUCGCAACGACAAUCACUAAAUCAGACAGACUCGCUACAUCCAUCGUUAAGUUCUGCUCUCUCUGCUGCCGCUGGUGGACGCGAUCGGUCUGGCUUCCCUGAUGCACCGCGUGGAGGGGCUGGAAUGAUGAGUCCCGGUGCUGGAGGUAUUGGGCUAGGUGUUGCUGGACCAAGUGGUGCUGCAGGACAGACUCGUGGAAUAACAGAGACUACCAAGGGAGGAUCGACGACCUCCUUCCUGGGUACAUCACAUAAAUACAAAUCGGGUCUUUCUAAUCUCCGUGGGUUAAAUAUCGGAGGACGAAAGUCAAAAAAAUGA